UAUUGUUGUAGUCACAAUUUAGUCGUAUUUGUUUGUAUUUCUUCUUAUAUCUGCUCAGUUAUAAAAUAGCAUGUUGGCUUUAUUUUGAAACAACACAUGUCAUUUAUUCUUACGUGUUUGGCUGAAUUUCCGGCUACCUAGCCUGCUAGCCUGCUAAGCUAGGGGAAUGGCGCCUCUCCGGGUGUUGUGUGUGCAUGGCUACCGUCAGAAUGCUGCUUCUUUUCGGGAGAAGACUGGAGCUCUCCGGAAGCUGCUUAAGAAACAAGUGGAGCUGGUGUACGUGGACGCCCCUCAUUGUGUAGUCCAAGAGAACCAUGUUGGUUCCGAUGCAGGCGGAGACCAGGACUCCAGGGGCUGGUGGUUCUCGGACCCAGAGUCUCGAACCUUCAGCGCCCAGCAGCAGUGCGAGGAAAGUUCCGGUCUGGACGAGAGCGUGGCGGCGGUGAGAGAGGCGGUGAAGCUCCGAGGUCCGUUUGACGGCAUCCUGGGCUUCAGCCAAGGCGCCGCCCUGGUGGCCAUGCUGUGCGCUCUGCAGGAACAACACGCCGAGCCCGACUUCGGCUUUCGCUUCGCCAUUCUGGUCGCCGCCUUCCGCAGCGCCUGCACCGAGCACCAGAGGUUGUACUCGGCUCCGGUCCGCACGCCGUCGCUGCACGUCUUCGGACUGGAGGACCGCGUCAUCCCUGACAGCAUGAGCAGGGAGCUCCUCCCCUGCUUCCAGGACCCCCAAGUCCUGACGCACCCUGGCGGACAUUUUGUCCCGGCCCCGUCUGCUCACCGGAAAACCUACCAGGACUUUUUGGAAGCAUUCCAGUGAGAGCAACAUUUGUAGGGAGACCACCGACGCUUUAUUGUGAAACAAUAAAGGAUCACUUCCUGUCUUGUGUGGAUGUCAAUCAAAGCCAGUAGUGCUCCUUGGUCAGUGUGAGUUUGGGUAUUUAA